GUGUGUGCGCGCGCGCGCGUGUGUGCCCGUGUGUGUAUGUGCGCGCGCGCGCGCGCGCGAGGGCAAGUGGGGAGGGGUACUCAGCUCAGGACCCGGGAGCCCUUCUUGUAGGUCCCGGGGGCCCGGUGGCGGCCGGAGCGGUUGGUCCGCAGGCAGCGGGCGAGUGGUCCCCCCUCCCGUCCCAACCCAGCGCGUGCGCGCCCCGGCCCCUCCCUCCCUGCCACCCUUCUCGGCUCCCGCGCGGCGGCGGCGGUUCCUCUCCCUCCCCCAGCCCUGGCUCCGGGGGACCCCGCGAUGCCGGUCCGCACCGAGUGUCCACCUCCGGCCGGUGCCUCGGUCGCCUCCGCGGCCUCGCUCAUCCCGCCGCCACCCAUCAACACCCAGCAGCCCGGCGUGGCCACCAGCCUGCUCUACAGCGGCUCCAAGUUCCGCGGCCACCAGAAGAGCAAGGGGAACUCGUACGACGUAGAGGUGGUGCUGCAGCAUGUGGACAUGGGCAACUCUUAUCUUUGUGGAUACCUGAAGAUUAAAGGCCUUACUGAGGAGUAUCCAACCCUUACAACCUUCUUUGAAGGAGAAAUAAUCAGCAAAAAACACCCUUUCUUAACUCGAAAGUGGGAUGCAGAUGAAGAUGUUGACCGGAAACACUGGGGCAAGUUUCUGGCUUUUUAUCAGUAUGCAAAAUCAUUUAAUUCAGAUGACUUUGAUUAUGAAGAGCUGAAGAACGGGGACUAUGUCUUCAUGAGAUGGAAGGAACAGUUCCUGGUUCCAGACCACACAAUCAAAGACAUCAGCGGUGCUUCCUUUGCCGGGUUCUACUACAUCUGCUUCCAGAAGUCGGCAGCCUCCAUAGAGGGCUACUAUUAUCAUAGGAGCUCAGAAUGGUACCAGUCGCUCAACCUCACUCACGUUCCUGAGCACAGCGCACCCAUCUAUGAAUUCCGGUGACAGUGGCUCAGAGCAGCAACCAAAUAAAACUGAACUUGGCAAACAAGAACUUUGCCAAGAAAAACGUGUACCUGCCAGAACCAGGAGAACCUGCGUUCCUGUCUCUUCGAGAGCAGACUUGCAUCAGAAAGCAUGAGUGCUGACCCACAGAGGCCUGGCCAACUGGCAGGGCAGGUGGGGGGGCUGUCUCCAUUCUUCCUCCCUUCUGUGGCCAUUUGCCCUGACCCUGUUUUUAAGCUACCUUAUAUGCACUUUUCCUUCCUGCACAGCUAACUUCUGUAUCACUGAAAUGCCCAUUCCUUCCUCCAUCCCCGCUUCCAGCCUAGUAGAAGGUCCACCCCUGGCCACCCUCAGCCUUGGUGCUCAGUGGUCCCCAUUGUGGCCCCCCGCCCCCAGUUGCUUAGUCUGGUAGCUCAAGAAAAAGCCGAGCCCCAGGACCCGUGUGCCCCCCAGAGCUCUGUGCAGGGAGUUGGCGAGCUGCAGCAACAUCCACCCAAGAAGCACGAGAAGCACGAGGCAGAGGCUGAUUGUUUAACGGAGUCGCCUGGCGCCACCCAGCCCUGUGAUGUUCCCACCAAGCUGGUCAGGGGCUGGCAGGGUCCCUGGGCCUGCUGCUGGGGUCACUAAAUUUAAGGCUUCCAGAUCCCUGGCAGGAACAGAUUCUAGUCCUGCUCACUCAGCACGUUCACUCCAAACUUUUGAACUUGAGGGCAAUACUAAACUUUUUUAAAAAGUUUUUUUUAUUGCAAAAUUAUUUUUAUGAUCCCUUUAACAAGGACCCUAUGGCAAAUGCACAAUUAUUCAGAAUUACAUUUUAUCGUUUUCACAUUGAAAACAGCAAAUGUUGACUUAGUAAUUUUUAUACCUAUAUCUAUAUGUAAAUGUAUAUUUAAUCAACCAGCAGUUUGAAACUAGUCACCCUGGUACUAAAGUUUUGCAGCAUUGCAUAAAUCACAGUGCUGAACAGGAGAACUGUGCCGGGGACCAGCUCAGCACUUGCACCUCCCCCUUUGCUACUCAGCACGGCAGUGCUUCAUGGAGAUCUCUUUCAUCCCCAUAAGGGGCCACCACUCUCCCAAAAGAGCGACUGAAACAUUGGGACGGGGAGGGGUAGGGACAUGAACAUGCUCAAGUAACUCAAGGCUCACGUGCCAAAGUAAGUGUGUGUGUGUGUGUGUGUGUGUGUGUGUGUGUUGUUUUUUUGUUUAAUGUUUGAAAAGCUUAGUAGGUUGGCAUCAGCCAUGGCCCUUGGACAUGGGCAGGGCUGUGGCGGGUUGGUUUUCUGGUGGUUUACGAGACUUAGAGUACAGGAAGAAAAGCUUUCACAAUAAGAGAGCAUUAUAACGGGAGCAGAACAGGCCAAGAGUUGCAUCUCAUGGGCCAUAUGAGAGAGCACAAAGCCCUCAGUCUAGAUGAGUGGUGGGGAGUAUUUUCUUCUUAAGGAGUGAAUUUUGGUUUAAUGGCAUAUGUACUGUUUGUUACUGAGACUGAAUGUGAGUGGAUGCCUUAAAGGAGAAUGACAUGGGAAAGGAGUUAGUCAGCGUUAGGACAGCUGCGACGUGUGGUCCUCAGCCUUAUGCAGAGGUAUAACCAGCUCAUCCAGGUAGGCCAGGGCCAUGGAGCCCUAGAGCAUUCCUCUGUGCCUGCAGGAGGAAAAUUACUUACAGCCAUUCUCAGAGAUGAGUCAGUAGUGUUUUCUUGAGUUUAAAGCUCCAAAAGGCAACACGUGGGUGGGUCUAUUCAACCCAGCUGAAUGCACAGUGAGGAGGCGCUGACACGUGCUGUGGCUUUAGCUGCCCAGUGUCACCUACAAGUGAAGGAGGCAGUGGGGCUGUGCUGUCUGGCCCAUGCCCCUCCACUUUUCUACCCCUCCACUUUUCUAGUACAAAUGGCAUUUGUACUUUGCAAGUUCCUUGAAGGACGCAGACAUCACUCAGAACACUGGGAGGUGAGGUUGCCUCUGGAGCAAAUCAGGGCCUCUGUGUGGCUGUGAGAGGUCAGUGGGUUGGUGGGCUUGGUUGAAUGGCCAGGGAAGGACAUUUGCAAACAUUGAUAGUGUUCAGCUAGCCAGAUGGGUUCUUCUGUGUAGGAUUUCCUUCUUCCUUUUUUAGCCCCAUAAUGAAGUGCACCAGUUGUAUUGGGGGAAAUGAAGAAGGGAUACCUUUAUUAGAUCUUUCGGACACGUCUGUGAUGAAGAUUUGUCUGCAUAAAACCUACCUAUUGAGGACAAGGAAAGGAUUGUUUUCCACCUCCUCUCAGUAACUUCCAUGCCAUCACAUCAGCUCCUUCUCUCUCACUCAGUUCCUAAAGGCACUUGGGGAUCAUCUCCAUCUGCAGUUACUCUUUCCAGAAUGUUCUCAGUGGUUUACAUGCCUCUGGUAUUAUGUGCAAUAUUUUGGUUGACACUUGUAUUCAUCAUUCAGAAAUUAGUGCAGAUUGCAGAUUUUCUACCGUCUUCCUCUCCCCAGACAAUCCUGCCGAGAGGUGUGGGGUCUUAGGAAUUUGGCUGUUUUUAUUCCACUGCUCAGAAAGCUUCCUUUCUGUGGUCCCAGCCUUGUCAUUGCCUUGUGCUGGAAUUGUCCCUUCCCACUCACCCUUUGUUUUACACUUCACAGCUUUUCAGCUGCAGUUCCAAAGUAUCUGAGCAAUGCCUGAUAAGUAGAAAGUCCACCUGUGGGCUGGUUCUGUUGGUGAUGAGGAAAUUACAAACUCCAGGGGAGUAAGAGGCUUUUCAAUGUCAUUUACUUUCCAAAACAGGGAAUAUCUAUUCUCUCUAAGGCCUUGAAUUGAUUUUUUUUCCUCAUAAAAUAGUCUGAUAAGCUAAUUUUUAAAAAGAAAUGCCAUUAAGUAUGUUGCAUUUUGGUUUAAAGUUACUAACGAGUUCUGGGAAAGAAAAAUAAUAUUUGAUUUUGAGUCUUAUAUGUUUUUAAAAAUUAGAUGUGAAUGGGUGCAAAGUACGACUUUUAUUUCUUUCGGGAGGAUGUGCGGAAGGGGUUUGCAGGUUUGGGGUGGGAGAAGUAUUUUGCAGAGCUAUCAAUGUCCAAAUAAUUUUUAAAAAAAUAAUAAAGGUAUUUAAGCAGUGA